GGGUAAAGAGGUGAUAUUUGAACAUGUACAGAGAUUGGAAGGGACUGAUACAGGUACCAAUAAAAAACUUACUAUUGGUAUCUUAGUAGCCCGAUCCAAAGAUAAAAUUACCAAUCCUGCAAAGGAUAGAGCAAAGGUAGCCAAAUCAAACGGAUACAACAUCAUCUUAACAGAUGAAAAUAACUUGUAUUUGGAUUUGAUUAACUUCAUUGAGUCUCAUCCACUCGAUAGUUCUGACAAUAAAAAAGAAGAAAAAGAAAAAGGAAAUGUGUGUUUGGAAAUGGAAAGAAGAGAAUUAGAAUCAGGGAAUGAAUUAAUGCAUAUACAGAUGGAGAAU